UCCGAUUCUCACUCAAAACUAGCUGAUAAAUUAAAACUAAAAGCUGACACUGUCUGCUCCUAUAUGGAAUAGUAAUAAAAUAUAGUAAUUCUCAACAUGUUGGAGUAUUGCAGCAUUGUCCAAAGAGGCUCUGUUGACUUGAGACUUUUCUUCUUGGCUACCAACCUUCCAGCUCUCCAUUUUGGAACAGAGAAAACAAAAAGCCACAACAUUUACCAAGUCUAAUAGCCGUCUGUAUGAAUUCCAUUAACGGAUUCAAAGGGGUAUGUUUCCCCUUUCAUAUAUUUCCAAAUAAAUAAAGAAAAUUUUUCAUCUUUCUGUUUCUGGGGGUCUUUCCUUUUUUACAUCUAUUCUUGAAUUCUUGAAAAAAAAAGAAGAAGUGAAAAGACAGAGUCUUUAAAUCUUUAUUCAUUUUUCUGUUUCUGGGGUCUUUCCUUUUUUUUUUUUCAUCAUUCUUGAAAAAAUAAGGAGAAGUGAAAAAGACAGUCUUUGAAUCUUUGGGUUUUUUUGGGAAUGUCUAAAGUUGACCAAGUGAAGUACUGUUGUUGAGAAUUUGGUUAACUGUAGUUAGUUGCAUUUUUUUUAAGAUGGUGAAGAAAAAGAGAGCAAGUUCUUGGGAUGUGAGGGAAGUUAUGGAUUUCUUGAAUCAGUUGAUUGCUGAUAAGCCAUUUCUUCCAGUUGUAAUUCCUGUGUUUUUAGUUGUUUGGGGCAUAGAAAAGUGGAUUUUCUCUCUGACCAAUUGGGUUCCUCUAGUUGUGGCUGUUUGGGCUGUUUUUCAGUAUGGAAGUUACCAACGCAAAAUUCUUGCAGAAGACUUGAAUAAUAAAUGGAAGCAAGUGUUGCUGGAGACAUCCCCAACAACACCUUUGGAGCAGUGUGAGUGGCUGAAUAAGCUAUUAAUUGAAGUUUGGCCUAAUUAUAUUAGCCCGAGGCUUUCUUUGAGGUUCUCUUCUAUUGUCGAGAGACGCAUGAAACAACGAAGAUCAAAGUUGAUUGAAAAGAUUGAAUUACAAGAAUUUUCACUUGGUUCUAAGCCUCCAGUUUUAGGGCUUCGUGGAGUACGGUGGUCAACUUCCAAUGAUCAGCGAAUUGCACAUCUUGGUUUUGACUGGGAUACUACUGAUAUAAGUAUCAUGUUGCUUGCCAAGUUGGGAAAGCCAUUAAUGGGGACUGCUCGGAUUGUCGUUAACAGUAUCCACAUCAAGGGUGAUCUCCGCUUAGUGCCAGUUUUAGAUGGAAGAGCAUUUUUAUACUCAUUUGUGGCUUCCCCGGAUGUUAGGAUAAAUGUUGCGUUUGGAAGUGGUGGAAGCCAAUCUCUUCCAGCAACUGAGCUGCCAGGGGUUUCUGCAUGGCUGGUAUGCAGCUGAAUUUACUACAUUUUG